CGUGGUUCCUAACAGAAGUGUCUCCAAUGCAUGGUUCAGCCUGACUUUGGCAUUUUAGAGUAGUGACAGCCUAGGCGAACUUUCCGGAGAUAGGUUCUGUCCAUUUGCCAACCUAGAUGAGCUUUGAAGUGUUCGAGGUCAGAUUUUACUGAGACUGGAACAGGGGAUUCUUCCAAGAUGACCUUACCGGCACGGAGGGUCAGUCCUUGGUGCUACAUCUCGGUGCUUAGGCUCGCCCUGGUCCUCCUCAUUAGCAUCAGCUUGAUAAGUCCCGUCCUGGCCAGUUUCAUCCGGUUUAAGCCGGACACAGAGUAUAUCUACAGCUUCCACUCUUCUACGGAACUGAAAAAUGUCCGAACUCUGCAAGCUGAAUCGAAGAUUGGACUCUUAUUGGUCAAAACUAAUGAGAGUAGUGGGAGCCAAGAAAUAUACCUGCGAAUUUACUCUGCAGUUGUAGCCAGCAAAGAAGAAAGAGUGCUUCUGAACGAGGAAAGAGACUUUGGCGAGUGGUUUUCCUUUGACAUCAGCGAGAACGGAGCGAUUGGUCAGGUGUACUACCCUCGUGAUGAAAACGGCCAUGUGAUAAUGGUCAAAAAAGGUCUGGUUAGCCUGCUAGCUGGUAACAUGCAACAUUCCCCACAAGGCAAGUUGAAGGCCAGUGGAUGGAGUUACGACUGCAAUGAGACCGGUCACGAAGGUAACCACGAGGCGUCUUACACCGCUCAGAUGGCACCAGGCAAUGAUGGCAUCAUUGUCUUCACCAAGACUAGACGUACUCACCCAAUACCUUACGGAAAAUCCACACAUCAAAAGGAGAUCCACUAUCAUCCAGCUAUGGAGCUCCCAUCGAUGGUAAAGAUACUGGACCGCUUCGAUGCCCCACGGGAAUCGGCAGCUGGAUUUCAGCACAAGUAUGAGCAAGCAGAGGACGAUAUUGUGCUUCCAGAGAUGCAGACAUUUUCAGAAGGCCAGCUGAAGUUUGUACAAAAGGUACACUACCCAUCACCCACUGGACCACCGGAUGAUGAGGACCUCGUGACAGACUCAAUACAGAUGCAGAAGCUUGAAGACGAUCAUCUGGGCUUCAACAUGACAUCUUUGAAGGAGCAGAUCGCUGGCAACCUGACCUGCAUGAGAACAGCACUUCUGGCCGGCUCUAAUGAACAAAGCCACUGUUUCCAGAAGCUUGUACAAGCCCUGAACUCAGUGCCUGACGGAGAGAAACUGGCUGAGGUUAUGACCCCUAUGUACAAGCCACCACUGUCCAGGCGUGUCCGGGAAAAGCAGGACAGACUGUACAUGUUGGAUGCGGUUGCCGCGAUGCACACUGAUAAAUCUCAGUCACUCCUCACUGAUCUCAUCCUUCUAUCUCCAAGACCGGACAAGGAGCUUGUAGAGAGACUACUCGUUGCCUCAGUUGGCUUUAACCACGCAAUUUCUGGGUAUUUUCUAGAGACUGUUGAAGAUAUUGUCUUCAAACCACAAACAUUCCCUGAAUCUCUAAGAGACCCUGAGAUACAAAGAGUUGCUGUGCUGGUACUCGGCGCUUUAGCUGGUCAUCGAUGGCGGGCCGGACACAAAGCCCAAGCAGAGUCCAUCGUUGUGAAGAUUGAGGAUAAACUGGGUGUGCAUGAUCCCUGGGCUUACGAGGAGACUGUGGCAUCUCUUAGUAAGGAUGAACAAGACAAGCUUCAUCACGACACGGUCGUCUUGAUUGAAGCCCUGGGCAAUGCCGGGCUCCAUCGCUCCUUUCCUCACAUAGAGAGUUAUACCAACUCCAGCACCACCCAUCCAAUGCUGAAAAGGGCCAGUCUGCACUCCAUGAGAGACUACCAUCAUGACACAGCUGCUGGGAUACUCCUUAAAUCUGCUUUGGAUGGAGACGAGGAUGAACACGUCAGAUACGUGGCAUCCCUGCUCUACAAGAACCACCCAAACGGUGGCUACCAUAACGCCUUCAAGUUUGUCACCCCUGAAGAGUAUGCUCUUGCUAAUUCCUCUGAUUCAUCAACCACCGGAUUAAGUGUUCCCUCCAGGCGUCGUUUGAGACGGGGUUUCUGGGAGGGCAUUGAGUUUAAAUUGGCCAGUCCUUCAGUUAACUGGAAGAAGACCAUCGGCAGCCGAAGUACAGUUGGGGCAGAGUUUGGUUUGACCAUCAGAAAUGAACUCGACAUGAAGAUUUCCCCUCUGACUGGCCACCUCGUUGUGGAUCUUUUAGAUGAGGCUUAUGCUACAGUUGUGAUCGGACUUCUUGGUUUGUCGGUGGAUGUUGUCCGAGCCCGUUUCUGCUUCAAUGGCUAUGUUGAAUAUAAUCUCAACAUACUACAGGAAUUCGGUGUGGAGCGCAUCAGCGACUUUGUAAAAGCAUACGACCUUAUCAUUGGACAAGUGGUUGGAAACAUCAGGAGAGCGGUUGAUAUUGUCGUUGGGCUCUUCAACGGCGACCUCAGCAUUGGUCAGCUAUUCGACGACUUUGUUCAGGCACUUGAGGAUAUUCCCCAAAACGUCGCGAAUUUGAGAUCAGUGGCUACCAGGGCCGUAUCCCGACUGGCUCAGUUUGACCCAGACCAGCUCCCACCUUCCUUCAGAGGCGUCAUCAAUGUUGUCAAUAAGGCUACUCAGCUGUUUAGCGACAUCAAGACAGACGUCAUGGAAUUCUACCAGGCUGUCAAUGAGGCAAUCACUGUCACCUUGCCCUGGGCCGCAGAGCAAAUCUGGAAGUCCAUCACUGCGAUCGCAGACUCCAUCGGGGAUUUGCUCAAAUCACCCCUGAAGGCCAUUGGAGAUAUCUUUAAAGGAGUCAUUAACAUUAAAACGGCAGUUACUGAAAUCAUCAAUGCCAAAAAGAAGGUCGAAGAAGCCAAUUUCGUCAAGGAAGGUCAGAGGCCUUAUUGGUUUGACCUGUCCGAGGUCAUUGGUGACAUCCUCAAGGAAUUAGGGGAGCACCUCAGCAACAUCAGACGAGAUCUUACCGACUGGGUGGAUGAGAUCGAAAGCUCGUCGGAUCCCAUCAAGAAGUUGACUGGGGGUGCUGUGGACUCGCACACUCUCAGGGGACGGGUCCGAGAUGAGAUUGAGUCAAUCCUACAAGAAUUGAUGGCUCCAAUACAGCCUAUUAAGGAUCUCUUGGCCCCCUUCUUUGAGCUCUAUGAUCUCGCCUUCAACACUGUUGAUGCUAUCAAAGAAGCCUAUCAGACUCUGAAGGAUGGAUACCAAAAGUCUCAAGCUCUUGUCAUGAAACUGUUCGGGCCUAAGGCUCAUGAGAGAUUUCCCAGGAAAUACAGAGAGCCUGGAUCAGGGGCGUGUGCGUCGGGAGGAUUCUACCCAACGGACUCAGAUGGACGAUAUGAGGACCAGGGUGUAGAUCUGGAAAUUUCACCAGGAACCAAGUUGGUUGCACCGUUUUCUGGCCUCCUUUUCAGGAGUGCCGGCAAAUCCAACCAGGUGACUCUUCUCGCUGGUGGUGGUGCCUUCCGGAACAUCAAGAUAUUCAUUGACAAUGUUGAACCCAAUCGCACUGUCUCCGAACAUGAAGGAGUAAAUGUGAUUGCUGGAACAGUCAUCGGUACAGUCGGGCGGUCCCCAACCUGCAGACCGUCCAACUACAUUCACAUGUCCAUGAAGAAGUCUAAGCCAAACCGUCUUGCGUCCAUUUUGGACGGUGCUCUUGACGACGAUCCGUCAGCCGCUGAUCUGGCCGCUAAGGACGGGUAUGUGGACCCCAGCAGCUACCUCGCCAAGAGACCGUUGACGUUGCCCAAGUGGACUCAAGUCUGUGACGAUUACAAGCUUGUGUGGCUGGGUAAGACCGUUAAGGAAGGUAGUCUACUUGGAAGUGAUGAAAAGGAUGGGGAGACAAAGGACACCAGCCCAGAGCGCAAGUCUUCCCCUGACACUAACACCGACAGACCUGACCCCAGCAGGAGACCUCCCGAGCGGACAUCCUCCCUUAAUCAAGCAAUAUCGCAAGGCAAAAAAGAACAGACUGAGGAAGCACUUGGUCUCCCCAAACAAACAAUUGGUUCAGGCUCUCCGUUCAAGAACUUCACAUUAAGGAACUUGAAGAUUGGAGCCAUCUUGGCAUUUGCCCGUAGGCUUGGACUGGAGGAGACUUCAGAUGACUUGCUGACCGUCCUCAAGACAAUCGUCAAACUUGUGAGUGAUAAACCGUGUGUUCUGCCCGAGUCUUUAUCCAAUGAUAUGCUAAGAAUUGAGCUCCAGCAACGCGGAUUGAGUUCACAGGGCGACAGGAAAACUUUACUCCAGCGGUACAAACAGCCAGAAGAUCGUUGUCCCCUACUUCAAGUUUCCUUGCCCAAGAACGUGUUCUGUAAGAUUGACCCAAGCUGCCUGGGCGUUGAGUGCUGCAUGAAUGUCAAACUCUUUAUGGUAUCUCUGGCCUUCAAAGCGUUCAUGCGUUUUGACCCAUGCGAAUUCCAGUUUGUCCUCGGAGUCAACUCGUGGAACUACACGAUCCAGAUCCUGGAAGCUGAAUUUGGUGAGGAAUUAGAUGUGCCUGUGCCGUUCGACAUCCCCUUUGUUGAUGAUAUGGAAUUGCACCUGAGGAUCACGAUUGAAAAGAGUAGAACUCAACUACUGGUCAGCAUGUCAGUUGGUUUCUGCCCGAAGACUGGUGAUGCAGACUGUUUCUCAUUCAUCAACGUAUUGACUGAUUCGGCCAUCCCCUUGCCCAUCUGUCACCCCAACGGAACCAUCACUUGGCCAAAGAUUGAUCUUGAGGAGUAUUUCUCCCGUGCCGCCCUGAAUAAGAUACUCAAAGAGACUGGAGAGGAGCUACUGCAGGCAGGCGCGGAAACCGCUCUUCGCUACGUCCUGAACGAGCUUGGCAUACCAAAGGAAUUUUUGCGAAACAAACAUCCAUGUCCGACACCAUCGAGUUUGACAGAAUCCCAGCUUAUCGAAACACUGGAAAGCAGACAACUGCCGACAACUGGCACCAGGAUGGAGCUGGAGGCCAGACUGUCUGAGGAUGACAGAACAUGUCGGUCCUUCACCUUGCCAAUGUUCUCCCCGGAGCUGGCUAAGGUGGCCUACUGCUCCCUGAGCGAAAGCUGCCUCCGUCUUGACUGCUGCCUGGAGCUCAACCUCCAGAAGAUAAAAUUCCGCCGAUCGUUCAACGCCUUCGUGGAGGUCAACGCCUGCGACUUCACCUUUGUUGUUGCCUUUCAGCACCUCAAAUAUAAGAAAUUACUAUUGAGUUAUGAUUGGGGACAACCACAGCAGCAAACUAUAGGUGUCAUUACCCUGAAAUAUUCCAUCGACAAAAAGGAUGCUGAUAAGGAGUUUGAAAUUGACUUUGGUGCCUCUGUCUGUCCGAGUGGCGAGGAUUGCAUCUUUGAUUUAGACAUCAUCCAGGACUACAGGGUGCCCAUUCCUGUUUGCAACUCCAACUUCUCAUUCUCCCUUCCAGGAGGCAAUAACCUGAGUGAGUUUGUGGCUGCAGUUGGUCGGAAUGCUGGUCAGCAAGCGGUAAACAUCUUGCUGGAGUACAUUGGACUGAGGGAUAAGAUUAACGAUGGGCCCUGCAACACUACAGACCUGGUUGCAGCUGGCGAAGAAGUUUGUACGGACGUCAGCCUACCAUCAGUUUCGAACGGACUGACCUGUGAGCUGUCACGAGAAUGCCUGGGCAUCCGAUGCUGUGUUGAACUUGAUCUGCAAGUCACCACACUGUCGGUCAAUGCGUGGCUGAUUCUAGAUCCAUGCGAGUUCACAUUGUCUGUUGGGUUUGGAACGUGGUCCUUGAUAUUCACCAUAUUUGACUACCACUGGGGUACCCAGGAGCAGCUCAAGAUUGGUAAAGCCCUGACCCUCAUCUACACCAUCGACAAGCUCACUGAGGACAAGGUGUUUGUGCUGGAUCUAGCCCUGUCCCUCUGCCUGCCAGAUUCAGAUUGUAACACACCUUCAAUUGACAUCCUUAGGAAAACCCGAGUGCCGAUUCCACUCUGCAAUGAGAAUGCUACAUUCACUCUUCCAGGGGAUGGAAGCGUUAAAGGCUUCUUGCGGAUAGUCGGUCAGAAUGCUGCCGAUUCAGCUAUAGAUGCCAUUCUAAAACAUCUGGGGCUAUCCGAAUACAUUAGUCGGGAGCCAUGUGUACGUCCACAAGUAACGCAGAAUGGUUGGCAGAGACUUUGUCCACGAGAUGUCAGACUCCCUCACCUUCCCAGUAACCUCAUCUGCACCCUGCCGGAGAAGUGUCUCGGGUUCAGUUGCUGUAUGGAGCUCCCAAUCCCAGGGAUCGCUCCCAUCAGCACUCAGGUCUUCUUUAUCUUUGAUCCUUGUACUUAUAAACUCUCCGUGGGCCUUGGCAGCUGGCAGCAGGAUUUGAAAAUAUUGUCUUAUCCUUGGGGUCGACAGGAAGAGGUCAACGUAGGGAACGCUGUCGCAAUACGUAUGACCAUUGACAAGUUGAAUGCAGAGGAGUCCUUUCGGAUCAAUUUGGAAAUCUCAUUCUGUUUGGAUGGUGACUGUACAUCCACACCGGUGCUCCGCGAUGCUUUGGUUCCCAUCCCGUUCUGCAACCUUAAUGCCUCCUUUGAGCUGCCGGGAAAUGGCACCUUUGCAGGACUUGCCCGGGAUCUUGCUGGGAACGUUGGAGAGUUGGCUGUUCAAGCCGGCCUCCGAAAACUUGGAAUCCAGCAAUAUAUUGACAGCCACCAAUGUGACUUGGAGAUACUUGCCCCAAGUGAAAACAAAUGUCCACUUCUGAGACUGCCACCACCGACCAGCUUCCUAACCUGCACAGUGGAUGACCGAUGCCUUGGCCUGACAUGCUGUGCCUCCCUGGACCUGAUCUUCACUCAGUUGUCCACCACCGUUUCGGCUGCCCUAGACCCCUGCGAAUUGAAAUUGACUGUUGGGCUGGGGUCGUGGUCAAAGAAUGUCACAAUUUUUGAAUACGAUUGGGGAGCCAACAGGGUGUUAGACCUCAGUGAUUCGGUUCACAUAGCGUAUAAAGUUGACAAAUUGACGGCACAAAAGGAGUUCUUGAUAGACCUGUCUGUAAGCCUGUGCGUAGAUGGCAGAUGCAGACCCAUUCACUUGCUUCAGGCAGCACACAUACCCAUUCCGAUCUGCAACCCAAAUGCCACCCUCAACUUGCCUGGGAAUGGCACUAUCUCAGGCUUCCUGGAGAGCUUAGGUGGUCAAGUCACAGACACAGCAGUGGAUUUAGUAUUAGACCACUUGGGACUGAAGAAUUUCCUGUCCAGAGACACCUGUAAUCUGCCCACAUCACCUGACGCUGGCAAUGAAAACUGUCCAGUUCAGAUUCCUGACAACCUUCCCAGCUUGUCAUGUCAUAUCAGCAGCCGUUGUACAAGUCUCCACUGCUGUCUAACACUUGAUCUCAAGCUGACCCAGAUCAGCACCAAGGCAUGGUUUAUCAUCGACCCAUGUGACUACACCGUGUCUGUCGGGCUGGAGAUGUGGUUCUUCAACGCGUCCCUGUUUUCCUACGAGUGGGGAGUGAUGGAAAAUUUUAUGAUAGGAAAUGCUCUCAGUGUUAUGUUUUCAAUCGACAAGUUGGAUGCUACAAAGGAGUACGAAGUGGAUCUUACCUUUUCCUUCCGUAUUGAUGGUUUCACCACACAUUUCCCCAUCAUGACCAAUGAGAGAUUCCCAAUACCCAUCUGCAAUGCCAACUCCUCCCUGGCCUUGCCUGGUGACGGCACGGUGAGAGGUUUCCUGGAGGAGCUGGGCGACAAUGUUGGACAGGCAGCCAUCCAGCUCGUUCUCCAACGACUCAACUUACAGGAUGUUAUAAUUGGAGGAACGUGCCAGUUGGCCUCAGAGCCAAAUGCUCACUGCCCAAGGAUUUCCUUGCCAUUCCUGGAGAACGUCGUCCAGUGCUCCAUCGACGACCGUUGCCUGAGCAUCCAAUGCUGCAUCCAUCUAGACUUCAUCAUCACGGAACUCAUGCUGAGCGCAAGGAUCCAAGUGGACCCGUGCAACUACCAGCUUUACGUGGCUUUUGAGAGCUGGGAGCUUAACGUCACGCUCUUCAGCUACACUUGGGGAAAUGUGGAAACUCUGAACAUUGGCAAUGCUGUAUUGCUGAAGUAUUCUAUUGACAAGCUGACAGCAAAGGAAGUCUUUUCUGUGACCCUCAACAUCGUGCUGUGCAUUGAUGACACCUGCACCUCAACCGCGGUACUGGACCACGUCUGGGUUCCCAUACCUCUGUGCAACACCAACGUCAGCUCAUUCACCUUACCCGGUGAUGGAACAGUGGAGGGAUUUAUACAAGAACUGGGCGGCCGUAUCGGAAACUCUGCCAUUGACCUCGUGCUGGAGAAAUUUGGCUUGAGUCAAUAUCUACAGAGUACACCGUGUGAUAGAGGAGCACCAGGCACUUUGAGAAGUGGCUGUCCAGGAGUCGAUAUUUCUCAACUUCCCGACUUCCUAUCGUGCGCCGUCACCGAUUCCUGCCUGGGUAUCCGAUGUUGUCUGGAAAUGGACUUCAAGAUUACUACGCGCAUCGUCAAUGCCUGGGUCAUCCUGUAUCCCUGCAACUUCACCCUGUCAGUGGGUUUUGAGAAGUGGGAACGAAGCGUCACCUUGUUUCAUUAUCCUUUGGGAGAUACCAUGGAGGAAGUUGUGAAUGACGUUCUGAGAAUAAGAUGGCGAGUGGCCAAGAUCACCGAAGACAAGCAGUUUGAAGUAGACCUUUCCCUAGUCGUAUGUGUAGAUGGAGCCUGUAAUACUUUCACUGUGUUUUCUGCUAGCCGUCUACCAAUACCACUGUGCAACACUGACGAUCCAUUUACUCUUCCCGGUGAUGGCACUGUAUCAGGCUUCCUGGCCUAUCUUGGCGGUAAUAUCGGUCAGUUUGCCAUAGAUGCAACCUUGCGCCAUCUAAACAUGACAGGCUUCCUAACAGGAAAGGCGUGCUCCCCCCACAUACAAGAUGUCUGUGCUAGUUCUGCUAGUUUCCUUGGCAACUGCUCCCUAAUUGGUGAAACAUGCUCGGAGCUACAAUGCUGCCUGGACCUGGACCUGAAGAUAGCAGAUGUUUCGGCCACGGCGUGGUUCAAGUUUGACCCCUGUGAUUUCACCUUCACGUUGGGCCUGGAGAAGUGGUCCUUUCACGGCUCUGUCUUCACUUAUCAGUGGGGAGAGGAAAGGGCAGUUUCAACUGCCUCAGGAAUUAACCUGAGGUACUCUAUUGACAAGCAGAAUGACUCCAAAGAAUUUGAGAUGAGUAUGACUCUUGAAUACUGCAUCGAUGGACUGUGCAGUGACAUUGACCUACAGCAUAACAUACCCAUCCCUGUGUGCAACCCGGGCUUCAGCAACUACAGCAUUUCUGCUGAUGGUUUUAUAGAAACACUAUCAGGACAGGUCAUCCAAGGAGCAUCGCUAGCGCUGUUGUCUCGGCUCGGAAUCAACCCAGAGUUCUUCAGCAGUCAACCUUGUGUCAACCCCAGCGGACCCCAGUCAUUUGGCACUUGUCCCGGUAUGCAGCUGCCCAGUACCUUAGACUCUAUAGCCCACUGUGGCAUCCUCAACACUUGCUUUGGUGUACGGUGCUGCCUGGAUGUGAGCCUUGGACCACUGAGUCAUGCAUUCAGUGCCUCUAUGGUGAUAGACCCUUGCCUAGGCCAGCUGACUCUAGAGUUUAGCAAUUGGCAGCACAGCAAAUCCCUCUCACAGCUAGACUUUGACAUAAGCCAACAGAUUGUGAUUGGAAACUUCGUGAAACUUAGAUACACUCUGGGGCUAGCAAACGGAGAAAUAUCAGUCAGCUUGUCUUUGGAUGCAUGCAUCGAUGGAAAUUGCACUGGAGAAAUCCGGAUCUUGGAUGACACAGUAUCCCCUCUUCCCAUGUGCCACACUAAUGGGACCAUUUCCUGGAAUACUUUGCCAGGAGUAACUUCGGUUUCUCAGCUGGGAAGCUUGGAUACUGGAUUUGAGGCUGUGGCUCAGGCUCUUGGCUUACCGUCUCGUCUAGUCUCAGCCUCACCGUGCCCUCCUGUUUUCCAGCCAAGACAGUCUGGAGCAUGUCCACACCUCCCCUCUCUGCCUACUCUUCAGUCGGGGGGUGUAUGCCACUAUUCAGAUGCCUGCCUAGGGGUGGAAUGUUGUCUGGUAGCAGACCUCGGUGUCACUAGUCGAACUUUAAGGGCGUGGCUGACUGUUGACCCCUGUGAUUUCAAACUGAGUGUGGGGUUUGAAAACUGGAGUUACAAUGUCACACUUCUCAGUUACCCCUGGGGCAAGGCUACAAGGGAAAGACUGAGUGAUGCUGUCUGCCUCUCCUUCACCAUCGACAAGACGACUGACAACCGUAACUUCCUCCUGUCCUUCUCCAUCCAACUCUGCAUCGCUGGAGUCUGUGCUCCAGACAUUGUCAUCCUCCAGGACUUCACAGCACCUAUACCAUUCUGCAAUCCAAACGGAACGUUGGAGUGGGCUCGGGAUUUGGGUGAUGUUGGAGAUUUUGCCAGUGGUCUAGUGGUGAACCGUCUUGGUGUCAGUGCUGAUGUGCUUUUUCCACAGCAAUGCAGUGGCCCACCGGAGCAGAUCACACCAGCAAAUGCUGGAGACUGCAGCUCCGUUUCUCCACCUUCUACCGUUGCAUCGUACUGCACUUUGGAUCAAUCAUGUCUUGGGAUCGGCUGUUGCUUGAACUUUGACCUGGGCAUUGUCCAGAGGUCAUUUUCCCUCUGGGCAAAGCUAGACCCCUGUGCUCAGACUUUCUCUUUUGGGUUUGAGAAGUGGAGUCACGUGGAGGCGCUCGGCAUUCAACCACUUCAGACUCAUUCAUUUGAGAAAAAGCUUGGAGUUGUGAAAAUCAGGUACAACAUAGAGCGCCCUCACAGCUCUGUCUAUGAUGUGGAUUUGGACAUCAGCCUCUGUUGGCUGGAUGCAUGUAAUGAUCCAAUCGUCAUUCUCCGAGAUGCUAUGUUCUCAGGUUGUGGUGAUCAAGGUGGAGGCAGCAGCACAAGGAGGAGGAGAAGAAGUGUCGACGACCUCACCAGCGACUCUGCUGAGGGAACGGACAGCAUGGAUGACCUCACAGCUAAUCCUGUAGACAAAGCCAGGGACUAUUUUAGGGCAAUUCUUCAGGGAGACGCCAGCUCGUAUUCAGCGGAGGACAACAUUAUGACAAAGCUUCAGCCGGAAAAGGCUGUUAAGCCAAGGGUUGCUGAUUCGGGCAUGGCAAGCCGUCGCUCUAUGGCUCUUCUCACCUUUGGUGAGGACGACGAAACUCCAGCUACAAGAAGAAGAAGAGACGUCUCUCUCUCAGUGACUUCAGGGGGAGAGAGUUUGUUUGGCAUCAGCCUCGCAGCUGGUGCUGACUCUGGCACGUGGCAGGGGAAUAUCAUCAUCGGUGGAGGAUUAACACAGAAGGGUCUUGAUGCUCUCGGUCAGCGUAUCGCCAACAUGACCAUUGGGGAGUUGGAAGCAAUGCUGGAUCUUCAGAACAUCGACCCUUUCACUGUGGUUCAGCUGAUGAAAGAUCUGCGUGCUCUGUUCAGGACCUUUAUUGAAGAGUUUAUUGACGUCAUCAUUAACGGCAAGGCAGGGGACGAUUUUGCGCAGUUUGAUAUCGUCUUAAGCGGGACAAUUCCCUUCCCAAGGACACAUGCUAAGUUUUUUCCCCCUCUUCGCUGGGGAGUACCAGUCGGUGGAUUCAUAUACCUAGAAUUCAGCCUUGAGGCUGGAGGUUUCUUUGAUAUGGAGAUUCCAGUAUCUGUCGCCCUUGUAUCCAUGAAAGCAACGGGUGGCAUAACACCAAUGGUUGGCGCAUAUGUAAAAGGUGGUGUCUCCAUCGGGUUUGUCCUUUAUGGGGAGUUGGAACUGAUUGCUGACGUGCUCCACACUAAGUUCCCAACGGUAGCUGAGAUCCUGUUCUCCAAGUUCCCGCUGGAUGUUGGGUUAAAAAUGGACAUAGAAAUGAUUCCCCUGAUAAUCCGUCUGCGAGCUAAGGUGACACUGAAAAUCCCCUUCUUUGGGAGAAAAACCUUGUUUUCAGCGGAGCUGUGGCGUUAUCAAGCUCCAGCAAUACACGGAAACAUAUUUGAUAUUCACACCAAGCAGCCAGAUAAAUCGCCUCCAGAAAUUGAAGAGUACUCCACACCAGCGGGUGGGUUGACAAGGAAUACUGUAGUCGGCAAUAAUGCCUGCGGUGUUGAACAAGUUCCUGGACUGGACUACACGGAGCCGGCCUUUCAGCUUGAGAUAGUAGCAUUCGACGACAAGAGCUUGGUCACGUUCUUCUACCAGGUUGGGACAGCCCCUGGAGCCAGUGACGUGGUCUCCAAAACAGAGUUUGGAGGACCAUCGGCGAUCAUUACGCAAACUCUUCUUGGAGGACAUCCUCUCCACUUCACUGUUUAUGCCAUGAACAACGGAGGUGGCUCCUCAACGGCAACCUGCAGCCUCCCGACCUUCGACAUCACCCUUCCAACGGGCCGUAUCACGCCAGACUUCACCUCUACCAGCCACCCUCACGUAUUGCGGGCCUCGGCCGUGGUGUACGACGACUCGGUCAUUUUGCUGCAAAAGGAAGGCGUUGGGUUUGGGCCUGAGAUCUGGGGUGAUCAAAUCGUACCAUGGCACACCAUCAAUAUUACAGAGAGGCAGCAGCUCGGUUAUUCAGUGAAUGACUUCCACUACUUCACUACCGCUAAGAAAGGCCGCCUCAUUUCCAAGCCGACAUCAACCAUCAUCCACCGCAAUCCCAACUUCUGUGCACGGGACUGCUUAGCUCUCCCGGAGACCAAAUGCCUGAGUAUCAACUAUAACUAUGAAGACUUCACUUGUGAAUUGUUGGAGGAGAUUGAGGGCCAUGGGGUCGAAGUUCAUGAGUCUGGACUGUUCUCUCACUUUGAGCGCCUCGGCGUCGGCCACGCCGUCGAGUUCAGUCACGAAUCGCUCCAACUGGUCCACAACAACCUCUACUACUUCAACAUAGAGCUCCUCAACUACGUUGGCUACGAGAACAUCAUUUCAUCCGUCGGCGUCAUCGCGGACUUCACACCUCCUGCACCAGGGUUGAUCAUGAACGGGAUCCGGGAUGAAGUCGUGCAUGAACCAUGUGUGGAGUUCACCCCAGAGGAGUGGGAGAGACGAUGCAUUGAAGACACACCGCUGAAAAACCAUCGCUAUAUCAUUGAUGGUCCUGGGUCUAUGACAGUAUUCAACGGCCACGAGGAACUAGUGGACAGGCUGUACACACGGAGCAAUACCUUCAUGGCAGCUAACUGGGAAGAUAUUCAUGACAAUGAGACCGGUAUCCAUGGCUACACCUGGUCCAUUGGUUACGACAUCUGCAAUGAUGACGUCAGUAUACAUAUUGACCCGCACGCUCACCUGUUCGACGAGUCGGAAUGGACCCAUCAGGGACUCAUUGUAAAUGUUAAUCUUCCAGAUGGUGCCUAUUUCAUCACUGUGCGGGCUUUCAACAAGGUGGAGUUUGGUGGUCCUAUGGCACUCACUGUGUGCCACAGCAACCCUCUUGUUAUUGACAACACUCCACCCAUAAUUUACAGCAUUCACGACAUCACUUACAACUCGUCUAUUGGUAGAAUUGGCUUGCGAGUAAACGCAACCGAUCCUGAGUCCCAUCUGUUUGAGUAUCACCUAGCAGCAGGCAGGACUCCCAGGGACAAAUCACUGAGGGACUGGGAGGCUCACGUGACGGCUGAACAGCUUUUCAUGGACUUCAAGAUACCAAGUGGCAUACCGUGCUGGGUUAAAGUCAGAGCAGUCAACAACGUUGACCUGCGAACCAUAGACCACGCUGACGAACCAAUUCUAGUCGAUGACUCUCCACCUAUUGCUGGAGACUUGUUCGAUGGACCUUACGCUGGACAAGACCUUGUAUUUACCAAAGACAGAAACAAGAUUUGUGCUAACUGGUACAACUGGUAUGACCCCGAGUCGGGGAUCUUCUCCUACCUGUGGGCGGUUGGUACCCAGCCCAGUCUCAGUAAUGUGGUAAACACUGUCAAAGUGUCUCGUCGGGAGCACAAGGCCUGCUCUGGCUAUGUGACCCUGCAACACGGGGAGACAUACUACUCCACUCUCGUAGCCUUCCAUGGUGGAUAUGAUAAACUCAAUGUGACCGCUUCGUCCAAUGGAGUGACCGUGGACCUUACUCCGCCAAUUCAAGGAAAUGUGUAUGAUGGCCUGCUUCCUGGACAUACAGAUCUGGACUUCUCCUCAAGACCGGCCACUGUGGAAGCUCAAUGGCAUGGAUUCUAUGAUCCAGACUCUGGUAUUAAAGACUACCAAGUGACAGUAUAUCGCAAGCAGGGUAGCAGCUUCAAUAGCACAAGUGACUUUGAGGUCAUCCAUGAGGCAGAGUCAGUAGGCAGUGUUAUAUCCUCCAUCGAGUGGCAUCACUUCCACCUCCUCCACAAGGAUCAUGUCUAUGUCAACCUACGCACAAUCAACAAGGCUCUCAAUCACAUUGACACCCCUACUGAUGGCUUCUUAAUAGACCUGACACCACCUGUGCUGCGCAAUCUGGGAGACGGGCUGGUGCUUGGAGAAGACCAAGACUUCCAGUGGCAUUCUGACAGUCUAGCUGUUCAUUGGGACUACUUUGAUGAUGAGUCUGGCAUAGAGUCCUUCGAGUUAGCCAUCUAUGAGAUGAAACAGGGGAACAAGCGCAAGAUCUUCCCAAGUGAUGGAAACCCGAACAGCUUUGAGUUGAUCUCUGAUAUCACCACCAGGUCUCAUGUUCAACAGGGUCUGACUCUGCGUCCUGGAGCUCUCUAUGUGACACGAGUCAAAGCCAAAAACCAAGCAAAACUAGUUGCCUCUCAUGAAACCAGUGGCGUCAAGGUGGAUCCCAGUCCUCCUGUGAUGAGAUUUGUCCGAGGCGGUAACCUGGAUGGAGAAGUUGAAGAAGUCUUCAGAGGUUACUUGUACCAGAACAGUCGCUCCACCAUUCGGGCAUCUUGGCUGGCUGUAGAUGGACAGAGUGGCAUCAAGAGCUACUGGGUAGCAGUUGGAACAGCCCCUUACUCGGAAGAUGUCCAUCCCUUCACCUCCCUGGGCUCCAAGAGCAGCGGUGUCUUGUCUAACCUGAAUCUCCAGCUCACAGACCCUUCCACCUGCAGCGAAGAGGGAUUCAUUGAGGGAUGCCGGCCAGUCUACUACGUGUGCGUCAAGAGUGAGAAUGGAGCGGGGGCUUUCAGUGAUGUCAUCUGCUCCUCACCAAUCAAGGUGGUGGAUGAAGAUCAGACAGGCUAUGUAAAUGAUGGUUCGAGCUUCCUACAGGAUACAGACGCGCAGCAAGAAAGAACUACAGUCACCAUCAUGUUCGAUGACUUUGAGAGUCAGUUGCAUGGCAUUUCACGCUACGAAUGGGCCGUGGGAACGACUCCUGGGGGUGAGGAGAUACAGCCUAUGACAUCUGAUGGCAUAGUGCCAGGCAUUGACGCAGGCGUGCAAGGAUUAGCAGGCAGUGGCAAGGCCCAGUCACCUCUGCCUCUCCAGCAUGGUGAAACUUACUACAGCACACUGCGAGCCAUUACAAACGGAGACAACGUCUUGGAGUCCACGUCCAGUGGCUUCACGGUGGACAUUACUCCACCAGAGAUUGUGAUCACUGAUCUUGGAGAGUACGAUACACGUGUUGAUCUGAGCCUAGGUGGUGGAGUUAAUCUGUUCCAGUCAAACACAGACUCCAUUGAUGCCAUGUGGGAUAUUCAGGAAGAAGAGAGUGAUUUCAUUGCAACAUACUUCUCUAUGGGGCAGUACCCAGGGAGUGCUGAUGUCUUCCCUGUGACAUCAACGAAUAGAUCUUACAUUCCAUCCACACUGAUCAGUCCUGCUAAAAUAGGAUUCCCUAACAUCUUAAGUGUGCAGGCAGUCAACAGUGUGGGACUGAGGAAGACUGUACAUGCUACCAGUAUGAUUGUAGACAACACCCCACCUAGUGUUGGUCAGGUCCAGUGUCCUGCCUUCAUCCACGCUAAUGGUGCCAUUUUGUGUAGCUGGACUGAUUUUCUAGACGCCGAGUCCGCAAUUGAUCACUUUAGGUUUCUUGUUGGGACAACCAGGGGUGUAGGAGAUAUGCAUGAAUCUCAGGUUCUUCCUGGCUACUACAUGCACUACAGUGUCAAAGAUCUGGAUCUCAUUCACAACAAAGUCUACUAUGUCACCGUGGAGGCCUUCAAUGCUGUCAAUCAAAGCACUAUGGCAUUCUCUGCACCUAUUGAGAUUGAUGAUACUCCCCCGUUAUAUGGCCUGGUGGUAGAGCUGCCUGGAGUACACACCUCCAAUAUCAGUAAUCCGGUGAGUAUACCAGAAUGGGACUGUACGAACGAGGAGAAAUGCUUGCGCCUGGAUGGCGAGUGUCUGGAAUCACUCACUCAGCUGAGAAUCCUGUGGCACCCGUUCACUGACGAAGAAACCCAGAUCGCCAAGUACGAGGUUGCCUUAGGAACCACACCAGGGGGAUCUCAGGUCAAAUCCUUUUACGAGGUAUCUAAGGAUCAGACAUCAGAACUCAUCACCAACAUCGACCUAAGUGAUAUCCGUAAGGUCUAUGCCACAGUGAGGGGCUAUAAUGAAGCCGGUCUAACAAGCAUUGCAGUGUCCAAUGGCAUUUACAUCAGCCGGUUCAGUGCCGGCCUUCAACCACUCCGACCCUUCCAGGUCAAAGAUGGCGUUUCUGACGGCAAACUUGAUGACGUGGACUUCCAGACAUCACUGCGUGAAAUAAGUGCAGCGUGGGACUUCAGUGGAGACCCCUGUCCAUUUAAGAAGUAUGAGUGGGCCAUAUACAGAAUUGACGGCCAGGAGAUUCAGCCAUUUGCAGAUGUUUUAGAGCGAACUUCCGACACAAACACAGAUGUUGAAAUGACAGAUGGUGAGACCUACUACACCAUUGUACGGGCUACCAACGCCCUCGGCCUGGAGAUCACAGUCAGAUCCGAUGGUAUCACUGUGAAGCGAGACCCCUUGAUACCUGGCCAGGUGUAUGAUGGCCUCCUGGUGGGAUUUGAUCUCACCUACCAGAAGGAGACGGAUACCAUAUCAGCAAACUGGAGGGGGUUUGGACAGGGGAUGAUAGUGAAGGAAACUGUUCAUCACACAGGAAAUGCUGAAGUUACCAAAGACCACCUCACAGAGCAAGCUGUUGACUACUACGAGGCUGCAGUCGGCACCGACCGGCGCUACCCUAAGACCAGAGACAAUGUGGUGCCCUUCACCUUCGUCGGCUUGAACACAUCAGUCACUUUCACUAACCUGGACCUAACAGCACAAGCCUCAACUUAUUAUGUGACGGUAAGAGCACACAGCGCCAGCUUUUCCACUGCUGAGGUGACAUCAACAGGGAUCAAUGUUGGUAUUGACAGCAAAGUACAUGGAACUGAAGUAGAAGUAUCAAAAUUCGUGAACUCUGUCUCGGAGGUUGGGCUUAAGUGGGCUAAAUUUGAGUCCACGUUCCCCAUUCUCUUGUACAACGUCGGCCUGGGCGAACCUUCCCCAUUCUCAAUCCCACCUGAAGACAUGGACUGCCUGGAUAUGUUGUUGGGUACCAAGGAGGCUCUGGCAACGUUUGACGUGAGACAGAUGCACUUUGUCGGCAAAGACACCUAUGUGGAGGUCCGAGGCCUGAAUCUGACGCAGGGAAGCUCCUAUUAUACAACUGUUGUGGGAAUGAACGAAGGGGGACAGUGUAACUCCUCUACCAGUUAUUUCUCUGUUGAUGUCACGCCUCCAGUCGAGGGUCGACUGCGAGUCGGACCUUUCUAUGACAUGCCAGUGGCGUACACCCACAGCACCGAAUCAGUGUUGGUGGUUUGGGAAGAUUACAGGGAUGAUGAAAGUGGAAUCAAAUCUUUCAACCUCCGCCUUGUGCAAGCUGCAUCUUGUGACGUCAGGGAUGAAAACAACCUGACACCAGUACCUGGCCAGGACUGGCUAGUACUUGGCCCUAACAUCAGUGAUUUUACAUUUGUGGACCUGAACCUACAGCACUUUUCUGUCCAUCUUCAUGUGCCCUGCCACGUCUUCUAG